AUGUCCUGCCCACCGCAAAUACCGCGGCCUGAAGUAUCCGAUUCCAGCGACUACGGAUCCGACUUCACGCCAGAUCAAGAGGAGCUACUGAACGACCUGCUCACGAAAGCUGUCGCAGAACACGCGACCGUCCACCGAGACGCCACUCCAGUAUCAACACCAACGCCAAAUCAUAUCCCCGAGGACACAAUUACAACACCGGUCGCGGCAACACUUGCGGAUCUAGAUUCCUUUCAGCCAGCGACUCUAGCGGCGCUUGUCGCAGAUAUCGAAGAUGCUGUUACGAAUGCCCCCGGCGUCCGCCUGUCGAAGGUAUUGGGCCGGGAGAAGCCUGAUUCACCGUGGAGACGUUCGAGCCAACGGCCCUGGCCUGGGCCAACGAGUCCACGGAGUCCUACGGCUGGGAGACCAAGUCAGGGCUCAAACAACAGGGACUCCCCGAUUGGUAUGAUGGAGCACUCUGGAUCAACCGAAGGGAGAGAACGCGAACGAGAGCGCAGUGCCGUGCGCGAGCUUGAAUGGACACAAGAGACCCAACUAGCGCCGACGCUGGAUACGCGGACCCCCGUGGAGCGCUUUCGACGACCACCGAACAAGGCGUUCUCGGUUACGGACCUGGUCUCUCCGGCUUGGUGUGAGCUGCAGUAUUGGUAUACUCUAACCAAGCAUGGGCGGAAGAGAAGGACGCCCGCUAUGAAGAAGGGGAGCGUUGUGCACAAGACUCUCGAAGACGAGAUAUACACUACGGUCCCAGUGGAAAUAAAGACCAAGGAGGAUGCGUGGGCGUUGCGAAUCUGGAAUGUGAUACAAGGCCUGCAGAUGUUGAGGGAAUACGGCAUCACGCGUGAGUUGGAGAUCUGGGGCGUUGUGGAUGGGGAAUUGGUCAAUGGGGUUAUUGACCAGCUUUCCUACGAAUGUCCCGAUUCCGAGCUUGAGGCCACGGCUGGUGCAUUCUAUGAAGAUGCGGCAAAGUCACGAGCCGCUCUGCCAGAGUAUCAGAUGUCUUUAUCAGAUUUCUUGCUGUCUUCCUCUCAGGGUGGAAAACGAAUCUCGGAUCUCGCCGACUUGGGAGCGCCUGGGGAAGUAUCUCCCGUCGAAGAUAACCCGGCGGUUUAUGGGUUACCGCGAAUAUACAUGACGGAUGUCAAGACGAAAGCGAAUGGUUCUGUACCGACAGUCAAGAGCACAUCGUUUCGACCGACGUUACUUCAACUCCAACUCUACUACCAUAUGCUGAACCGUCUCAUCACAAGCGACGAUGUUACAAUGGAUGUGCUUGCAGCGCGCUACAACCUGGAUCCCGAGAAAUCAUUCACUGAUGGAUUUAUUUCAGAAGUUGGCGGCCUGAAUGACGAAUUCUUUGAUACCGUCUCAUCCCAGGGGUUCGACCUGGACGAUGUUCCUACCCCCGAAGAAGCAGUGCAAGCCUCUCAUGGGUUUGGCCCGGCUUCUAGUCCCCCACAUGCAAGUCAGGACUCGACUAGUAUUCUCCUGACCCAUGGCACCCUUCACCGUCUAUGGAGUUAUAUGAAAGAGCAACUCCGCCUCACCUUCAUCCCCUCAUUCUCUCCUCACGAAGAGUCCGUCGCACCUUCUAUCCCAUCGUUGACGCAGCCAGCGAUGCUUGAAGAAUAUCCUACUCUCCUCUCUCCAGUCCUUACGGCCCGGUUCCUCUCGUCAGCUCCCACGACUGAUCUUCACCCACGGCUCCUGGGAAGCAGGUCCUUCCUUUUCGAUCCGUCCACCAUGUCAUCCUAUAUCACUGACCAGAUGGAGUGGUGGCGGGGCCAGCGCAAUCCCCAAGGAGUCAGGAUUGUGGAAGCCUGGAAAUGUCGGAUCUGCGAGUUCCGCGAUGAGUGUUCAUGGCGACAGGAGCGUGAGUUGGAUUAUGCCACUCGAAAUCGGAGACGAAGAGCCGGUUCGUUGGCAGAUAUCUAA